AUGCUGAGAGUGCUGGACUCCCACUGCAUUGCUGCACGGUCCCAGCUUCUGCAGUCCUUCCUGGCUCGCUUUGGCAGAAGCGAGGACACCUCGGACACCUUGGAAAGGCUCUUGCAAGCAGCAAGGAGCCUAAUGUCAGACACAGAAACCACAGACACGGAUGUCAUGGAGCUCUUAAGCAACAUGGAGGUGGCUGUUUCAGACUCUGAGUCUGGCGAGAAGCUGUAUAACUUCCUCGACGCAAGUUUCAGCCCAAUGCCGGAGAAGGAGGAGGCGGAGCUUUCUUUCCGACAGGACCUGCUGGGGCUUGCAGACGAGGUCGAGGUUGAGGAGGUUCUUCAGAGACUUGAAGCGAAUGCGGAGGAGAUCGAGGCGAGGCGGCUCGCCGUGGAGAAGCACAGGGAACGCAUCCUGGAGCUCUUGCGCGACGGGCCUGGCUCCAACAGCCACGAGAAGGAAAGCUGGGACCGUCUGGUGAGUCUAAUGGGCCUUUACCUGGACAGACUUUUGCAAAUGCUGGGCCAAGAAGAUCAGGACGUCUGGCAUGUGCAGCGGGAGAUGGUGAUGAGGCAGCUUGCAGAGGAGGUAGAGGGCAGGACGAAGAUGAGAGGCACAGGCGCGGAAGAGGGUUUAGACCCAGAGCCGAUGUGGAUACAGAGGAGGAUUGCCGAGAAGGUGAACCUGUACGCGCUCCGACAGGCAGGGCAACUGCCCGAUGCUUUUUUGCAGCAUCAAUGGGCAAGAGGCCUAGACGCUGUGGACACUUCGUUCUCUGUAAAGAAACCUGAAGGCAAGACGCUGCCAGUGACCAGCCUCUUCGAUGUCUUCGAGCACCCCUGCCUCAGCAAAGAACAAAUUUGCACAGAGCCCAUCUCCGCAAGAUUUGGAGAUGAGAUGCAGUGCUACCAGUUCAUGGACUUCGAGUUGCUCAGGAACAGCCCAGAGAAGUUCAACGUGCGCUUCAACAAGUACAUAAACGGAUUGAGAGGGCUGUGCAGAAGGCAGCGGUUGUGGCAGUUUCAGCAAGACAUCGCCAGGUUCAACGCCAGCAAAUCUCUCGAGAACUUCGAAAAGGUUAUGGCGAGCUUCGCUUGCGUCCUUGUCAUCAAGGGCAAAGUCGCCCGAAAGUGCUUGGAGUCCGGCUUGGAGCCACCGGAAAACCUGAAAGGAGCUGGAGAUUUUGUGGACUCCCUGGCGACGUGUUUGGAACACAUGCUUCUUGUGGAGGAUAGGGCUCAGAGCAUUGCCUCCGAGCUCAGGCAAGCCGCUGACAUCUACGAAGACCCCUCAUCAGAGUUAUUAGAGUCAUUUGAGGGCAAUCGCGACUCCGCGACAGAGGAGGUUGCCAUGAAGCUUGCUACGCUGCGAUCCACCCUUGGCUUCAAGGCCUACAGGGCGUCUGCGGCGAGACUUGUAGAGCAGGAGAGGGAUGCCUUCCUGGCGCGCUGGCCAGAGCAGGAUUGUCUGGCGGACCGCGUCACAAAGCUGAAGCAUCAGUUGUCGCAGGUGCUGUGGCUGCGGCGCACGCUCUUGAGCCGUAUCCAGAGUUCGACGGCGCGACCAGCACACAAGGAGUUCUUUGCCACCUGGAAGCCGAAGCUUUGCAGAGCCUUUGGCCCUACGGAGGCCGUGUCGUCUGCAGAGCGCCUGGCUGCAAUAGAUGGGGUUUUGCACGCUCUGCAGGAGCAGAAGGAUGCCCUCCUAGCACUUGGGCUGCAAGCCGACUCUGUCCAAGAGCUGGCAAAAAAGCUGGACCGUGGUGAACUCGAGUGGGGACAGAUUUUGCAACCGCAGAACUUACGCUUCAAGGAACGGAUUCAGCAGGUGGCCCUCAUCUUCUCAGACAUGUCGACGCGACGUCAAUUCAAGCCCGGCAGCUUGCAAAGUCUGAUCCGCAGCCUGGAUGAAGCCCCCGUUGACUGGCAUGAUCUUGGCAUGGAGCUGCUGGAGGCAACCCAUCUUGUCACCGACAGUUUCUGCUUGCUACCGGUCAUAUCACAGAAUCCGCUUGCAGCGAGUUCCAGCGGUAGAGUGUACCUUCAAGAGGAGAUGCUGCAGAAUAGAGAAUGUGACGAGCAAUCGCUGGCGGAGGCAUUUGCCUUGUGCCUGAAUGGAGGGCGGGCUGGACUGUGGAAGAAGAUGCUUGACCACUUACGGGAGGCAGCGGCAGCUAUCCGCCCGGGGCAAUUGGAGGGGCUGCAGGAUCGCUUCAUCUUUCAACUUCAACUAAUGUAUGGACAGGGACGUAUGCAACAAGAUCAGCUGCUAAACCUGAAGCUGAUGUUGCUCUGGCCUGAUUCGGCUUUUGACGACGUCGAGGUUCUCAGAGGGCACUGUGCUCGCAGUCUUGACAUGUGCAAGACAGAUGGCGAACCAUGUCUGCACAAGAUGGAGCUGGAAGAGCUGUGCAAGCAACAUGUAUGGCGCUACUGGCGGCUAGCGAUGCCCAAGAUGUUGGGGGCUUUCGAAGGUGAGGUGGGAGACGCGCAGGAGAUUUCCUGCAGUGACGCCAUGCUUGUUUUGGAGCGCCUCUACAUAAAUCUCCCUGCAUCCGAGUUCGUUGCAGUGAGCUGGCGGCUCAUGGACAGCCUUAAACGGCAAAUAGAUUCGACUCCAGGGACAGAGCUGCAGACGCUGAUCUUCGACGAGUGCCAAGCCAGCAAACUGUGGACGGCGGGUGAGGAAGACUUCCUGAAGUUCACCUUUGAUUCCGAGCGUGCACAGAUGAAGCGGUAUCUGCUUGGCAGGUCCAAGGCUUCAGACAGUGAUGGUGACGAGCGACUGCUCUGCUUUUUUCGAGCCGAGUGCAAGAAGACGGGCGAGGAGAGCUUGAAACUCAAGCAGGUCUUGGAUGUCAUGCGCUCAAAGCCUUUGGCCUCUUGGCAGUCCGAGCUUCUGGAGCUUCGGCUUCGAUGCGUUUGCCAAAAGAUUUUGGCGAAAAGGAGCAAGGACUUCGAGGAGGAGCGUCUCAGAGAUGUGCUUGGGGGCUUCUGCAGUGUAUGCGAACAGAGGGACGACUCAGAGGGUGCUGCGCAAGUCAUGGAGCUGGUGCAUGAGAGGCUGUCCCGCUUCGCUAGUGCAGAGGAGCUCGCAGCUGUCCUGUACACUAUUCUGGAGGAGGAUGACUUGGAGCCAGUGCUCAAGAUGCUCCAGGAGGAGAGACACCACUUUUGA